UUCAGUGCGAUUUGUGUACGAAUCAUUCUGACCGAACCGGUUCAACCGAUUCGCUAAACCUAUCCAACUUAAAAGAAUCGACUCAAGAGUCCAAAUCUCCAUCGCUUAUCAAAAGCACAUAAACAUGGCCACGAGGAAAUAUGUUCGUAGAUCAAUUCAGGAAAAAAACAGUCUACUGGAGAAAUACGAUCAACUUCCCCCAAUGUCCCAGAACGCUGCUGCGCGUCUGCUAAACAUCUCAGGACCUCUGCUUUGUGUCUGGCUCCGGAAAAGGAAAAUUAAAACGGCCAAAUCUAAACUUCCGAGGACUGUCUUUUCAUCUCGCAAGACACCUCGAGUAGAAGCUGCACUCUGGAGGUGGAUCGAUACUUGUCUCGAGAACGGUAUUACAGUAAAUGACUCAAUAAUUCGUAUAAAAGCGACUGAGGUGGCUACAGAAAUGGGUCUCUGCGAUUUCAGGGCGAGCUCAGAGUGGUUGACACGCUUUAAAACCCGGGAGUCGGUAGUACGGGAGAUGUUUGAUGCAAAAGACGGACCAGAAGAGACCAAAUCCGGCAAUAAGGCGGCGGAGCGGUUUAAAGAGCACAAUAAAAACCUCACUGCCAGAAAGACGCAUCGAAUGGAAGCUGCGCUGUGGCGCUGGAUCGAUCACUCUCGUGAGAACGGCAUUAACGUAAACGAAUCAACGAUUCGUUCAAAAGCGGCUCGGUUGGCCAGGACAGUGGGUUACCGUAACUUCAGGGCGAACACAGACUGGUUCACGCGCUUUAAAACCCGGGAGGGAGUAAUACGAGGGAUGUUCCAGAUCAGCCGAAAAAAAGAGCCCACGUCUGACAAUAAAAAGACGGCGAUACGAAGGAUGGAUUUAACAUCUAACGUUACAAAGAUCCGGCAACUUGAAGGCGCGCUUUGUAGAUGGAUCGAUCAUUCUCGUGAGAACGGCAUCACAGUAAAUGAAUCAAUGAUUCGUUCAGAAGCGACUCGGUUGGCUAGGAUGAUGGGUUUCCGCAACUUCCGUUCAAACGGAGAUUGGCUCAGCCUCUUUAAAAUCCAGCCGCCUUCAGAAAAUACACCAAGUGUAUCUGAAGUCAGCCUAACGAACCAAUCUAACGAUGAAAGCGAAUCACUAACGGAUCUGGACAUCCCAAAACUCGACCCAACAGUGAUCACAGCUGAGCUCAACGGCGAUUUACACUCUGUCACUGUACCUUCCUUGUGGCAAAUGAAGGAGGCUAUGAAAACACUGGCAACCGGUUUACUGUACAGAGGUUUCUGUGACUUUAAACUUCUUCAUCAAUUUGAAAAAGAGGUUGAUAAUGUUGUGAGAAGAUCUGGGAUCCUGGGAUCCUAAAAUCCUGGUUUAAAUGUAUCUGA